AUGGGAGACUCAUUAAUAGAUGCUAAAAGAUGUGAUGGACUGAGUAUUGAGCCCUGUGGGACACCAAAAUAUAUUGAUUGGGGUUUAGAGAGAACACCAUUGGUUUGUCAGAUAAGCUUUGAACCAUACGACCGUUGCAGAGACAGAGACAGUGCCAUUGCCAUUGCCAUUGCCAUUGCCAUUGCCAGUACCAGUGUCAGUGUUGAUGACAGUGACAGUUACAUCGAAGUGUUCGUAGCAGAAGAUUUUUUCUUUUUCUCGGUUUCCCCAGCUAAUAACCCCAAUUAUCCUCAGCAUUUGAGGAGUGGUGGUGACAAUGACAUUGACAAAGGCAGUGGAAGUGACGGUGAAAGUGACAUUGACAGUGACACAGACGGUGACAGAGAUAGAGACAGUGGCAGUGAUAGUGACAGUCUCGUUGACGGUGAAAGUGACACAGAGAGUGGCAGAGAAAGAGACAGUGGCAGUUGCAGUGGUUGUGGUAGUGACAAUGGCUAUGGCGGUGGCAGUGGCCGUGGCAGUGGUAGUGGCUGUGGUAGUGGUAGUGGUAGUGGUAGUGGUAAUGACAGUGACAGGCAUAGUGAUAGUGGCAGUUACACUAAAGAGAUAGUGACGCUGACAGUGACAGAAAGGUUGACAGGAAGAGUCAUUGGCAGUGACCUUGACAAUGAGAAUGAAAGUGACAGUGACAGAGAGAGUGACAGGAAGGGUGGUUUUGAAAAUGACAAUGACAGAGACAUUGACCUUGAUGAUGAAAGAAAUAGUGUCAGUGACAAAGAUAGUGACAGUAACAGUGGCAGACGCAAUAACAUUGAAGGAGACAGUGACCUCGACAAGGAUCGUGCCAGUGACAGAGACAGUGAAAGUAAGUGA